UGCGAAAAAGCUUUGCGGCAAAGGAACGCUCCCUGGCGACGCUUCGUUUGCUGGUGCAUCCGAUAAGAGCGCAUUGCUGCCCUCGUACCAGCGCAUUGACCGGCGGUUUUCCUAAACGAAACACUUCCGGACUUCAAGUCAUGUCUACAGCUGUUGUCGACAGGGCUGAGCAGGAAGCGUCGCCUGAGCAGGAUGCCGGACCUUCUGGUUCGGGCAUCAAGCCUAUGCUUCAAAACAUCGUUGCGACCGUCAAUCUGGACUGCCGUUUGGAUUUGAAGACCAUCGCGAUGCACGCUAGAAAUGCCGAGUACAACCCUAAGCGUUUCGCUGCCGUCAUUAUGCGUAUUCGCGAACCGAAAACAACUGCGUUGAUCUUCGCCUCUGGCAAAAUGGUCGUCACGGGUGCCAAGUCUGAAGAACAAUCUCGGCUGGCCGCCCGGAAAUACGCCCGCAUCAUCCAGAAGUUAGGAUUCCCUGCGAAAUUCGCUGAAUUUAAAAUACAAAACAUCGUUGGUUCGACCGAUGUCAAGUUCCCCAUCAGGCUGGAAGGAUUAGCGAUGGCUCACUCAGCGUUCUGCAGUUACGAACCUGAGUUGUUCCCGGGCUUGAUUUAUCGUAUGGCGAAACCGAAAAUCGUGCUACUGAUCUUCGUCUCGGGAAAGAUCGUGCUCACGGGUGCAAAGCUUCGUAACGAGAUUUACGAGGCAUUCGAAAGCAUCUAUCCCGUCUUGGAACAGUUCCGCAAAUCCCAAUAGAAGUGUUCGACUUCCAAGCAGUCGUACCCUCGCUUGUCUGACGACCUAUGGAUCGACAAACAAUCGAAACAUCUUAAGAACCUUUCGUCUCCCACAACAUAUAUAUAGUGCCAUUUUGGAACGCGUCAUCCAUCCGCCUUCAUAGAACCUUGGAUGUCGCGAAGGCAACAAGUCCCCUUCGCAUGUAAGGGAGGAAAAGUAUCGUGGUCGUUGUUUCGCUGGGGGCCCUGAGGGCCGGAAUGGCUUCUCUGAACGUGGUUGGUCCCCAUCACUCGUGGUUGUGGUGUGAACCCUGUAUAGAAAAACUUGAAAAGCACAUUAAAAAAAAACAAUAAAACGAACUAAACCAACUCCGGGCCCAAGCUGCA